AAAGCUUUAAAGGGGGAGGAGGAGGAGGAGGCCACCGAGUAGAUAGUAGAGCUGGUUCAUUGGCUGACUGCUGCAGCAGCAGCAACAACAGCAGCACAUUUUUACCAGAAACUCAAGGUCUUGUCGUUUGCGUUACAGGCCAAAAACAACAACUUACUGCAGCAGCUACCGAAGAACGGUAGCAUGAUAGUCGUGGAGGGGAAUCGUCAGGAAGAGGGUCCGUAUCUGCAUUUUACUGCGCCAACAUCGAAUUCAUUGAGUCGGUAACCAGCGCCCGACAUGGGGAAGGAGGCAAAUGGUGUUUCGCGGAGCCGGUUUGAGAUGUUCACAAACAGUGAUGAGGCGGUCAUCAAUAAGAAGUUGCCUAAGGAGCUAUUGCUACGGAUCUUCUCCUUUCUGGAUGUGGUGACACUCUGUCGCUGUGCCCAGGUCUCACGGGUGAUCUGGAAUGUUCUGGCCUUGGAUGGCAGCAACUGGCAACGGAUUGAUCUCUUCGACUUUCAGAGGGACAUUGAGGGCCGUGUGGUGGAGAACAUUUCAAAGCGAUGUGGGGGCUUUCUUAGAAAGCUGAGCCUACGGGGGUGCCUCGGUGUGGGUGACAGUGCCCUGAGGACUUUUUCACAGAACUGCAGGAACAUCGAGCUGCUUAGUUUGAAUGGCUGCACCAAGAUCACCGACAGCACGUGUAAUAGUCUCAGUAAGUUCUGUCCAAAGCUGAAGCACCUGGAUCUUGCCUCCUGCACCUCAAUCACCAACCUGUCACUCAAAGCUCUCAGUGAGGGUUGUCCCUUCUUGGAGCAGCUCAACAUCUCCUGGUGUGAUCAGGUGACAAAGGAUGGCAUCCAGGCCCUGGUGCGCUCCUGUCCUGGACUCAAAGGCCUUUUCCUUAAGGGCUGCACACAGCUGGAAGAUGAGGCUCUGAAGCAUAUUGGGGCUCACUGUCCGGAGCUGGUCACACUCAACUUGCAGACGUGCUCACAGAUCACAGAUGAGGGCCUCAUCAUAAUUUGUCGGGGUUGUCACCGCUUGCAGUCUCUUUGUAUUUCGGGUUGUGCCAACAUCACAGACGCCAUUUUGCACGCCCUGGGACAGAACUGCCCCCGCCUCAGAAUCUUAGAAGUGGCUCGCUGCUCUCAGCUUACAGAUGUGGGCUUCACUACAUUAGCAAGGAACUGUCAUGAGCUUGAGAAAAUGGAUUUAGAAGAAUGUGUGCAGAUCACAGAUGGAACUCUGAUCCAGUUGUCUAUCCAUUGUCCUCGUUUGCAAGUCCUGAGUCUGUCACACUGUGAGCUGAUCACUGAUGAUGGCAUCAGACACCUCGGCAGCGGCCCCUGCGCUCACGACCGCCUGGAGGUGAUCGAGCUGGAUAACUGCCCCCUGAUCACAGAUGCCUCACUGGAGCACCUGAAGAGCUGCCAUAGUCUGGAUCGCAUCGAGCUCUAUGACUGCCAGCAGAUCACCCGCGCUGGUAUUAAGAGACUAAGGACCCAUCUGCCCAACAUCAAAGUGCAUGCGUACUUUGCUCCUGUCACUCCACCCCCCUCUGUUGGGGGCAGCCGUCAGAGGUUUUGCCGCUGCUGUGUCCUGUUAUGAUGUAAAGACAACAAUCCCCUUCCGUGUCCCCGUGUUACUCGUAGACGCUCCCCUGCAGCCUGCCACUUGACCCCUGAUCUGCCGUUCUCCUCCUGGCCCCCCGUCAUUGAGUACAUGCUGGUGUGUGUCCCCUUUGGAGCUGCAGAGAGAGGGAGAGAGCCAAACAAUGCUUCAGGGUCAUGGGUAAUUUUCUCCCAAUAACAUUCCCGAAUCCCCCCCACCACCACCACAUAUAAACAACAUGCCUUUACACAAUCUUAUAUGCAGACACAAAUAUAAGAACAUUCCUGGGCUGUGGUCAGUGGACAAACCAGUAUUACAAAGAGUGUUAUAUAGAAGCAAAUGUGAUCACUGCAGGGAUUUAACUCAUCAAAUGAAGUAGUAAUGAAUUACUCAGAGAAUUACAUGACAAGAGCUGUACACAAAAAAAAAAAA